UGAUAGAGAUAUAAACGAUAUGAUGAUAUAAACAUCCAAAAUCUAAUCAUUUUCCCAUUUGUAAAUAUAAGACAUUACGAUUUCGUGUAAAUGUGCGUGACUAUGUGAAAGGCUUAAGGAACUAAAAACAGAAUAGUACGUGUGCAAUAGUAAAUUGUUGUAAUUGUUUUAGGUUGGUAUUAAUCUAAUACUAAUCUAAGACCAACGUAGUGUAAACGGAGAUUUGUGUAUAGGUUAGAAUUUCAUUUUCUUAAUUAAAAUUUUUUAAAACUCUUAUUAGAGUCGAACACUUAGAACUUUAGAAAUAUCUAAAGUUCUAAGUGUUUGACCAUACCCACCAUAGUUAGGUACUAUUCUUAAUCUGUGCUAUUAGCAUAGAACAAGAAAUCAUAACAUGAUCUCAAACCAUUAAUUUUUUUUAUUUUUUUUAUUGAAUAAAUUUACCUCAUAAUUUAUUACCAUAAAUAAUAUUUUUUAUUAUUUAUGACACCAUUCACAUUUUGUCAUACUAAGUCAAAUUUGUCUAGUGAUGGUUUACAUUUUUUAAUAAAAAAAAAUUAUACUAAUCGAAAAACGAUAUUUUAGUUUCCUAAAAAUAUAAAUGUUUCUAAUUUAUUAAUAUAACAAUUAUGUUUCGGCGGAUUUAUAUGGUAAUCCUUUGUGCUUUAAAUAUUCACCACGGACAAAGAUGUAGGAUAAACUCUCGUAUGCAUUUUGGUGAACCUUUACCUAUAAUUCUGAAAGACGGAAGACUUCUAGAACCUACUGAUAAGUAUGGCAACGUUGAUCUUCAACAAGGAGAAACACUUACCUUGAGCUGUGAAGGCGCAUCUCAUAUAUCUCAUCCUAAUGCAAAACACGAUGAAAUAACAGCUGAUAUAACUUGUAUAGGUGGAGAUAAUUUCAAAAAUGAUGAUUGGUUAAAUUCUCCAGCAAUUUUUACUAUGUUCAGAUGCCUUUACCCUCCAAAUUACAGUAGUCAGCGUACAAAUCGCACUUGUUUUGAUGGUCAUCCCAUUAUCGAAGUAGGUUACAGAGUUCAAAAUGAAUUUUAUCCUGUUUAUGAAUCUUGCUUUAACGAAGCCAGUCUCAAUGCUGUGUACUCGAAAUAUACUCAAAAGGCAUACAAUGCGAACUAUCAGACGAAAGUAGAACGACCUUUUUUUAUAGCUAAUGAUAAUUACGGAUUUGUGCCAGUAGAAUCCUUGUUUUCUCCAAAAGGACAAAAGGCAGCAGUUGCUCAGUUAGUUGGACCUAUGAUUGAUUCGUAUGUCACUGAAAAUGAGUUUCUUUCUAGAGGUCAUUUGGCAGCGAAAACUGAUUUUGUCUUUGCUUUUGGAGAGCGAUCUACGUUUCAUUAUGUUAAUUGUGCUCCGCAAUGGACUGGAUUUAAUGGAGGAAAUUGGAAUACAUUGGAGGUAGAUUUAAGAAACCACAUACAUGUCGCUGAAUAUAAUACAGUUGUAUAUACAGGGACAUUUGGAGUUACUCAACUGUUAAAUCAAUAUGGUCGCAGGGUGGACAUAUUUUUAUAUACCGAUGUCAAUAAUAAUCCAGUAAUACCAGUUCCUCAAUAUUUUUAUAAAGUUGUCUAUGAACCGAGUACAAAAAGAGGCAUUGCCUUUGUAGGAAUAAAUAAUCCUUACUACACUUUGGCUGAAGCUCGUGAGAUGUUCUUCUGUGAAGACAUUUGUAGAGGGAGUAGACAUUUUCCCUGGUUAUCCUGGGAUCCUGAUAAUCCAAACGAAGGUUACACAUUUUGUUGUACUGUCCCGAACUUCAGGGAAACUGUGCACCACCUUCCUAUAUUUGAUGUGACAGGACUACUAACUUAAUUAAAAUGAACAAUAUUUCCAGGAAAAAGUGUAUAUUUGAAAUUUGUUUAUUACCUAUUUACGAGUGUGUCGUAUCAACUACUGUAUCGGGUAAAUGUACUGUGUGUUAGAAAUAUAAGGUUUAUCAGUCUAUAUAGGAAAUGUGACCUAAAGGAACAUAAGAAUAUAUUCCAUCUUAAUUUACUUUUUAAUAACUUUUAGUAUAUAUUUUACUAACU